AGUUGUGUUAUUUUUCCACCUUUCAAUUUUUUAUUUGUAAGAAAAAUGACAGUUUAAUUAAAUAGGUUAAAUUUUCAUUCAUAUUUGUCUCAAAUUUUAUAAAAAUACUGUUAUUACAAAAUCAAUCACUAUGUCUAUAACAAAAUAUUAUCAACAAAAUAAUAGUUUUAUGCGAAGAAAUAAUAUAAAUGAAAUAUACCAAUUUAAUAACUGGGACAAAAAUUGUAUUUGUGAAAAGAAUACAAAUUUACCAUGUAUAAUUGUACAUGGUGGUGUAGGAAAUUGUAAAGAUUUUUUGGUUAUUGAGAAAAUAACAGCUUGUCAGAAAGCAGCAUCUAAUGGAUAUAAAAAAUUAAUUAAAGGAGGAAGUUCUAUAGAAGCUGUAGAAGCAGCUUUAUGGUGGUUGGAAUGUGAUGAAUUUUUUAAUUGUGGUUAUGGAUCUGCAUUAAAUGAAAUAGGACAAGUACAAAUGGAUGCAGGUAUUAUGGACGGAGAUAAAUUUGAAUGUGGCUCAGUAGCAGCAGUUUCAGAUAUAGAACAUCCUAUAUCACUUGCUAGGAUUGCUGCUGGAACAACAACAGGUGGUUUAAAUAGAAAAUUGAUUGGAAGAGUGGGAGAUUCUCCAUUAUUGGGAUGUGGAACAUAUGCUGAUAAAAAUGUAGGAUGUUCUUUAACGGGUCAUGGAGAAUCUAUAAUAAAGCUUGGAAUGGCCCGACGUAUUGCAGAAGAUGUUAACCAAGGUUGUAAUCCAAGAGCUGCAUUACAGAAAAACUUGGAUUACAUGUUAAGUAAACUUAAGGAGAAUGGUGGUGGUAUUGUACUUAAAAGAGAUGGAUCCUGGGAUAUAUAUUUUACUUAUAAGAGAAUGCCAUAUGCUAUUAUUAAAGAUAAUAUGUUUACAUAUGGGGCAGAUUUAAAUGAACGCAAAACAGAUGUUUAUAAAGAUUUUGAUGUCAUUUGUUAAUAUGAACAUUCCUUUCUAGAAAACAAGAUGCACUUGAUAAAAAAUUAUUUAGUUUUUGUGAAUGGCAAAGGUAUAUUGAAUGUAGGAAAAAUAUUUUAGUAAAUAAACAUUUUCCAACAAAAUUGAAAUACAAUCCA